UACCUCCUCUCCACACUGACACCAUGCCUUCGGGAACUGCACUUAGCAGUCAUUGUGGUCACGCUGCAGAGUGCUCUCGAUGACCCCGAACAGCUCAAAGUUCCUCCGGCAAGUCAACUCCUCGAGUCCGAUAUAUCCGCUGCCGUGCAGCUGGUUCACCCCCUGCCUGCGGUCAGCGUUGACGAACUGUCGGAUCCCAACCCGUCAGACCGCGUCCUUGAUUGGCUUACGCUCGCUUUCCUUCUUCAGGAUUUAAAAACCAAAUUGGACUAUUUGGGCGGAGCAGAUUUAAAGACUUUUGCCGGAUCCUACUCAUUCGAGUGUCUCGAAAGUAUUUCGCCCGAGCUUCGGCGAUCGUACCUUCUGGCUCUUGUGCCCCCUCUGGUGAAGGUGAUCAAGAAUCUGUGUACCUUCUAUAAGGAACAGGUGCGGUCUUCUGCAGAAGUCGACAGCAUCUAA